ACUUCAACAUCCUUCAGGAUAUGCAUUUCUAAGGAGUCCCUUGCUCCAUCCUCCAGGGAACUACAGCUGCCUGCAGGCAGUGUUCCACCUUCAGCGCAACCUGGCCUACCACCUAGUGCAGUCGUACCUGCCGUCCUCGCUCAUCGUGGUCGUCUCAUGGGUCAGCUUCUGGCUGGACGCUGACGCCGUGGCUUCCCGGGUCAUCCUUGGCGUGACGACUCUCUUCACCGUGUGCUCGGAGUCCGCUGCCUUCGGGAAUAAGCUGUCGACAGUGUCGUACGUGAAGGCUCUGGACGUGUGGAUGGGGUCGUGCACCGUGUUCGUGUUCUUGGCGAUGGUGGAAUUCACGCUCGUUAACUACAUCGGCCGACGCCGCCGCAGACUCCUGUUUCGGUCCUCCGCCGAGGGUCAGGAAAAUAUCGAAGCACGAGAAAGAAGCGACUCCAUCCGCAGCACGGCCGUUGAAACUCCCGAAAUGACCGAGAACACGCCAGUCGACGCGGAGGACAGCGGCGCCGCGGAAACAGGAGGCAGUGCUACUUUUUUACGCGAAGGCCCGAAUGCUGAAAAAAGUGCAGGUGACGUCGAAGUCCCUUUGGCCUGGCUGCUUGAAGCGGAGAGAGCAAAAAGGAUCGAUAGAAAUAGCAGGGUGGUCUUCCCGCUACUCUUCCUCGUCUUCAAUCUGGGCUACUGGGUCUACUAUCAGGCUUUAUGCUGA